CAUUUUCACUCUCUGAAACUCUCUCUCUCUCACAGACUCUGUGUUGUGUAUCUGACUCUGAUCAGACCCAAACCCAAAACCCUAAGCUCCAAAAAAGCGAAAAUGUCGAAGCUCCUCAUAUUCCUAACCCUAAUUCCUCUCCUCCCAAUUCUCACCACCUCCUUCUCUCCCGAAAACCCUUCGGGUCGCCGAGUCCUCGUCUUGCUCGACGACCUCGCCCUCAAAUCCUCGCACUCCGUCUUCUUCAACUCCCUCCAGUCCCGCGGAUUCGACCUCGAUUUCAAGCUCGCCGAUGAUCCCAAGAUCGGCCUCCACCGUUACGGCCAGUACCUAUACGAUGGCUUGAUCUUGUUUUGCCCCACCACCGAGCGUUUUGGAGGAUCCAUUGAUUUGGCAGCUAUACUGGAUUUUGUUGAUUCGGGUCAUGAUUUGAUUAUUGCGGCCGAUUCUAAUGCAUCUGAUUUGAUCAGAGAAAUUGCCACUGAAAGUGGAGUUGAUUUUGAUGAGGACCCUGCUGCCCUGGUUAUUGAUCACAGCAGCUAUGCUGUUUCAAACACUGAAGGAGACCAUACAUUGAUUGCUAGUGAUGAGUACAUCAAGUCUGAUGUAAUUUUGGGAAGCAAGAAAAUUGAGGCUCCUGUACUUUUUCAAGGAAUAGGCCACUCAUUAAAUCCUUCCAAUAGCCUGGUGCUGAAAGUUCUUUCAGCUUCUCCUUCAGCAUAUUCUUCUAAUCCAAAAUCCAAGCUAUCAAAUCCUCCAUCACUUACUGGAUCUGCUAUCUCUUUAGUUUCUAUUGUGCAGGCUAGAAACAAUGCUCGGAUUUUAAUCUCUGGCUCGUUAAGUAUGUUCAGCAAUCGAUUCUUCAGAUCUGAGGUGCAGAAGGCUGGGAGUCCAACCAAACAUGAGAAAUCGGGUAAUGAGCAGUUUUUGACUGAACUUAGCAAAUGGGUUUUCCAUGAAAGAGGUCAUCUCAAGGCUAUGAAUGUAAGACACCACAAAGCUGGAGAGGCCGAUGAACCUACCAUCUAUAGGGUCAACGACGACUUGGAAUAUUCGGUUGAGAUUUAUGAGUGGUCUGGUGCAAGUUGGGAACCAUAUGUGGCUGACGAUGUUCAAGUCCAGUUUUACAUGAUGAGUCCCUAUGUUCUGAAGAAUCUAUCAACUGACAAGAAGGGUAGUUAUUUUACAGCAUUUAAGGUUCCAGAUGUUUAUGGGGUUUUCCAGUUCAAGGUUGAGUACCAAAGGCUUGGAUACACAAGCUUAUCCCUGUCAAAGCAGAUUCCAGUCCGACCCUUUAAGCACAAUGAAUAUGAAAGAUUUAUACCAGCAGCCUAUCCAUAUUAUGGAGCAGCAUUUUCAAUGAUGACAGGUUUCUUCAUCUUCACUGCUGUCCACCUAUACAGCAAGUAGCUGUAGAACCAUAGGAUGUGGGCAUAAUGUACUGUUGGGACUGCAAGCAUAAUUGUCUUAUUGAAAAUUUUGUUUAAGCAAUGAUGUAGCUUAGAUGCUUUUGAUAGUUGGACAAGUCACUUGAGUGAUUUUUUUGAUAAGCACGUCUCACUUGUUUUA